GCAACAAUAUGAUAUGAUAGUAGCUAGGAUUAACAUAGUGAGUAGUAUACUCAAGACCAAACGAACAUUUACUACAUCUUCAUUACUUUUACAAUUUCAAUUACCUUCUACAUACAAAGCUCAGCAUAAAUUAAUCACAUCCAUCUCAAUCAAGCAAGGUUGGAAAAUUUGGAAGAGAUCAUUAAAACCACAGAGACUACAAGAAGUUCAGAAUGAAUUAGUUGAUUUAAUGAUUAAUUCACGAGAUUCUUCUAAUGCAAAUGUGAUUAUAGAAAAGAAACAGAUUACGAUAGAUAAUGAAAACACCGUUAUCAAUGAAGUUAAUUUCCGAAUUAUUAAUAAUGAAAAAUAUCCUACUAAGCAUAUUGUAUUCAUUCACGGUUAUGGGGCUUCUUUAGGAUGUUUUGCAAGAAACUUUCAAGUCAUUAAUAAAUUUGAAGGGAAAGAUAAGAAUUUCAAUUAUAGCGUUCAUUUCUUAGACAACAUUACGUUUGGAUUAUCCUCUAAUCCAAAAAUACCCGAUGAAACUAGUAGAAGUAUAAAUCAUUGGAUCAUUCCUAAAUGUCCAGAAGUAAAAAUAACUCCCGGUAGGGAUGAGAAACUAUACAAUAAAUAUUAUAAAUUGGUCGAUAAAUAUGAGGUCAAUGUCCCUGAAUUUCGAGAAUAUCAAAACAAGUUCAAGCCCGUUUUGAAAGAUUUAGAAGAUUUCUAUACUUCGGCUAUUGAUAAAUGGAGAAAUGCCAGUGAAAUUGAUCAAAUAGAUUACCUUGUUGGUCAUUCAUAUGGUGGAUAUUGGUCCGGAUCUUAUUCAUUGGUAUAUCCAUCUAAACUAAAGAAUUUGAUUUUAUUAUCUCCGGUUGGAGUGGAAAGACAUGUUCAUGCUGUUACCAAUAAUUUGUUUGAUGAUAGCAAACAAAUACAAGUUUUUAAACCAACUAUCAAUCCAAUAUCAUAUAACUUCUUAACUAGAUUGCCUAUAUUAUCUAAGAAGCAUGUGACAGAAUGGUAUUACAAAUUACCAUUCUUGCCAAGAUUAUUGAAAUGGUUUGGACCAUUUGGUGCACAAAUAUAUUUCAAAAUGUGGUUAGGAAAAUUAUUCAAGAUCAAUAAAUUAAUCUUAAAAUUUGGGGGACCAGAAAAAGUAUUUCAGUCUAAUAAUGAUCUACCAUAUGGUUCCAGAAAAGAGUGUUUCUUGAUUGUGGAAUACUUGUACAAUGCUAUUAUUCGUGGAUCCAAUAGUGAUAUAUAUAUUAAACACUUAUUGACUCCAGCAACUGUUAGCAAAUACCCAUUAUAUGAUAAAUUUGAGAAUUAUUUAGUGAAGGAUGGUAAAAGCUUACCUUUCAAUGUUACACUUGUUUAUGGUCAAUAUGAUUUUAUGAAUAGCGAAGCAGGUCAAGAAUUGAAGAAGUUGAUCGAACAAACGUCCAAGGAUAAUGGAAAUGAUAUCAAUGUGUCAUUCCAUAAGAUUGCGGAAGGUGGUCAUAACUUAUACAUUGACAAUCCAUUUGAUACCAAUCAAUUGAUAUAUGAUAUUGUUGAAGGCAAAGAGAAGUCAAGUUCUGAAGUUUAUGGGCGUUAGACAAAUUUUCAGUUCAUAAUUAUUUAUUAGAGUAUUUAUUUAAAUAAACAUUAUUU